UAUGUGCUGGGACGUAAUGAUCAGAAGUACGUCUAUAAUCGUGAUAUGCCUUUAGUGUUUAUAGGCGGUAUGCCAAGAUCUGGGACUACACUGUUACGGGUACUAUUGGACGCUCACCCAGACGUUCGAUGUGGGGAAGAAACGAGGGUCAUUCCCAGACUCCUGGGACUCAAAAGCCAGUGGUUGAAAUCACCGUUGGAAUCCAGAAGGUUAAAGGAGGCUGGGAUCACUCCGCAGGUUUUGGACAGUGCAAUUGCAGCCUUCACCUUAGAAGUCAUUGCUCGUCACGGGGAUCCAGCUUCCAGACUGUGCAAUAAAGACCCCUUCACACUUCGCUCUUCCGUUUACCUGCACAGCCUCUUCCCCAAUGCCAAGUUCAUUCUCGUGCUGCGAGAUGGACGGGCCGUUGUUCAUUCCAUCAUAUCAAGAAAGGUCACCAUUACUGGUAUGGACUUAAAUGAUUACCGCCAGUGCCUACGACGAUGGAGUGCAGCCGUGCACGCCAUGUACAGCCAGUGCCACCUCUUGGGACCUCGCAUCUGCCUUCCCGUUCACUAUGAACGCCUAGUGCUUCAUCCCGAAACUUCCAUGAGAAAGAUUCUCGCCUUUUUGGAUCUUCCUUGGAAUGCUUCAGUGCUUCAUCAUGAACUAUUGGUUGGAAAACCAGGCGGUGUUUCUCUUUCCAUACUUGAAAGAUCUACAGAUCAAGUCAUCAAACCCAUCAACACUGAAGCCCUUACCAAAUGGGUGGGUCGCCUGCCUGAGGACGUUGUCCGAGACAUGCCCUCUCUUGCACCUAUGUUGGCCAUUUUAGGAUACGAUCCUAGGGCCAAUCCUCCGGACUAUGGACAACCUGAUAGUCUUGUCAUCAAGAAUACAUGGGACUUAAAAGCCAAUAAGAAAGUGUGGGAAGCGCGAGAGAGACUUGUUGCAGAGAAAAGGGACAACAUUUGGAGAUCAUGGCUGCAGAAAUCUAAAUCUAAAUCUAAAUCUUCCGUAAACAUAGAAGUGCCCAACAAUACUACCGAAAUGAACUACCCGACCACAAACGAUAUAUGGCAAAAGUUGGUUGGAGUUACCAAUGGUAGUGGAUUCAGUACUCGAAGCUGACGUACGUAACACGCAUUAACAGCGUUGCAUAUUUCGUUAUGUUCAGAAUAGGAAACCUAAACCAAACUUUCUGAGAGUUUUUUUUAAUCUUUUCGUCAAAAUAGCCUACCACAUGAACCAUUAGAAUUAAUUGAGGCUUUUUAAAAAGCUGUUAAUAUAAUGGGUCCCCUCGUGAAAACCAUCUCGCUAAGGUGUUCACAUAUGGAAAUGAGAAUUUCUGAGGAUAUCAGUUUUAAACAUCAUUUACCUCGUCAGGUGGGCUUAGAGAUGUUUCUUUCUAAUUUCGUUUGCCUUUUUCUGCUAUAGGCUCAUAUUUGAAAAAGACUGAAAAGAAGAUAAUUUGGAAAACAAUGUCUAAACUUAAAACCUCAGUGAUAUUACUGUCAUCAAGGAGAAUCGAAAUUGUCGAUUAUUGAAAUGAAGUAACAGUUAAAUGGAACUCUUAAAUGUAUAUAGAAACGUUGUGUACACUUUCUUCAGUACGUCUUUUGAAAAUAAAGAACAAAAGUAAAGUUGAAUGCGAAACUUUCUAAUAAAAAUUUAGCCAUAAUUAUGGAACUGUGAGAUUAUGAUUGCUGAAACUUCUGUGAGAAUGUGAGCUUGAUGUAGCUUUCCCGUUAACCCAUAUAGAAGUUUCAGAUGUGACACCAAUUUUUAAUUUAUCAUGAUGCUAAAUUUAAUGCUUACUUACACCAUUAAAGUAAAACUUAAUGUUGCUGACUUAAACUUUCCAUUUAUGACAAGCUGUAGAAAAAAGACAUCAUAACAUCAUAUAGUUAAUAAUUUGAGGAAACGUUCGACAACAAAUCGAUUUAAAAAGACGAGAGAAAAACGGCUACAUGUUUUGAUAAUCUGCUUCCGUACCCAUGGGGGCACGUCUAUUUUUUCACUGUGAUUCAAUUCGCCUGUGGUAACUGCACAAUUUAUUAUAUAUGAUGAUUUUAUUUUCAUUUAAAGACAUCUGUUUUUCUAGUUGUAAUUAUUUUAGAUUGUUUAAAAUAUCUAGCUAUGCAUUCGCAGUAGUACAAUUUGGAGCCGGUAAGGCUUGUGAGAAUAAUGAGCUUGUUAUGUACUGGUGUGUAAGAGCUGUGUUACCAAGUUGUUGAAUAUGUUCUGGGAAACCAGGAUGUCAGCCUAAUAUAUUUUGGGAAAGGGGGGACUAAUUAAAAUGAAAUUAAAAGAGCCAGCACACUUGCUGGAAACUAAUAGAAAACGAUCUGCGUUAACGGACACUUCCCAUAGAAGGAAAGGAAUGAUUAAAAUGAAUUUAAUAGAAACAGUACUUGCUUUUGUAAUGCUUGCUGGAAACUGUAUACAGUUCUAUCUCCAUUAACGGACACUUCCUUUAGAAGGAGAGGAAUAAUUAAAAUGAAUUUAAUAAAAACAGUACACCUUUUUAAUGCUUGAUGGAAACUGUGUACAGUUCUAUCUCCAUUAACGGACACUUACCAUAGAAGGAGAGGAAUACUUAAAAUGAAUUUAAUAGAAACAGUACACUUUUUUAAUGCUUGAUGGAAACUGUAUACAGUUCUAUCUUCAUUAACGAACACUUCCCAUAGAAGGAGAGGAAUAAUUAAAAUGAAUUUAAUAGAAGCAGUACGCUUUUUUAAUGCUUGCUGGAACGGUUUUUUAAUGCUUUACGGAUUAAUCCAUCUCUUUACAUGGAUCCACAUUUAAUCCAUGUAAAGAGAUUUUCAUGGCCUUCCCAGAGAAGGAAAUUCCUUGAACUCCGGGACCUUCAGAACGAGAGAGAUUUAGGGAAUACUUUCUGUAUUUCUAUUUAGAAAACACUUCCUUAUAACCAUCAGAUGGCCUGGCCCUGUUACUUUUCGCUAGGGAAUACUCCAGCACUUCCAUUUAGGAGACACUUCAUAAUAACAGUCAGAUGACCUGGUCCUGUAAGUUUCCGCCAACGAGAGUUUGGUCUCUAUGUGUUCAUAACUACAAAUAUUCAGCAUAAAAUUCUUCUUAGUAAAUCAGAAUGGGCAGUUUAUUUUUCGAAAGCAGAAAUGGUGAACUUAUCUGUGAUAAAACGGAGUAGUAAUGAGUGUUUUUGCUGAAUGCGUUUAACAAUGCGCUGGCUGUACAUGUUAUGCCUUACUUAAAGCACUGAUAUUUGAGUGAUAAAAGCACAUAUUACUGACUUUGAUGAAUUGAAGAAUUCAUUCAUUUACGAAGAACGGCAAUAUUAAAUGAACAUGAAUUUUUGUGAAUAAAUAGCAAAAGAUAUCACAAAUAUAAUUCUUGUAUUAUUUACAUAAUAAAAAUUCCCGUAAUGUUUGGUAUAUUACUUUUAAAAUAAUUGUUGAGGAAUCUCGGAAAUUGGAGGAUUUGAGAUUCAGUUUGUAAGUCUAAUAUUCAGUGUAUUAUUAAUGAAUAUUUGCAAUCUAGUGUGCAUAUAUAGCAAUAAAAUAAACUGUACUAAAAUAUAUUUUUACUUCUUCAAUUACAUAUUCGAUCUCUUGUAAAUAAAAAUAUUUUGUUCCGUUUCUGUACUCAGUUUUAUUUUAAGUUAGCAGCACAAAUGUAACUUUUUCGAUCAGGUUUGAAGUACUACAAAUACUGUUGUCAGGUCUAAACUUAAUGUGACAUCUUUUUUAAAAUAAAGCAUUAGUGCUUA